AUGUCAGAAGCCAAUCUUCAAGCCUCGCAAUGGAUGGGGACACUGAGCUCACCAGCGGCCAUCCAAGGCACAAACAUGAAGUGGGUACGGGGCGAAAGCCUGGGUCGCGGCACUCUUGGCAAUGUUGUCCAGGCGUUGGAUCAGGAAACUGGUCAGCUCUUUGCAGUGAAGGAGGUACUGAUCAACACCUCAGACGCUGCAGAUGUUCAGUUCAAACACGCGCUGGAGAAUGAGAUCAAGAUAUGCUCAGCUCUGAAGCAUCCAAGCAUCGUGACAUACCUUGGCCAUGACUCCAUAGACGGGUGCUUGUACAUCUACAUGGAAUACAUGAUCGGCGGGUCCAUGGCCAGCGUGCUGCAUCAGUUUGGUGCUUUCGAGGAGAGCUUGGUCAGCAAGUACGCCCGCGACAUGCUAGAAGGGUUGGCCUACUUGCACACGCAGGAACCGCCAGUGCUACACCGCGACAUCAAGAGUGCAAAUGUUCUCAUGGGGUACGGCCCCCAUGGCGGCGAGCUCUGCGCGAAGCUGGCCGACUUCGGCUGCUCCAAGAGGAACGAGGUCACGCUCUCCCACACCAUGAAGGGCUCCAUCCCCUGGAUGGCGCCUGAGGUCGUGAAGAAUGUGGGAUAUGGGAGGAUGGCAGACAUGUGGAGUUUUGGCUGCGUCAUCAUAGAGAUGGGCACAGCUCAAACACCCUGGGGGAAGUUCGACAAUCCCAUGGCUGCCAUGUACAAAAUCGGCAUGUCUGAUGAGACGCCGCCUUUGCCGGCUUCAUUCUCUCCCAGCUGCCGCGAUUUCACGCAGCGCUGCCUGCAGCGUGAGCCCACGCAGAG